AUGGAACAUCCAGCAUUCACAUUAUCAGGAUUAUGUACCAUCGGAGGUAUCAUAGGAUAUACUCGUAAAGGAUCGUUACCAUCCUUAAUUGCCGGUGUCACUUUAGGUUCAUUAUAUGGGGUUAGUGGAUAUUUAUUAAAACAAAAUGGUGAUUAUGGAUUAGAAUUAGCAGUGUUUAAUUCAACGGUUUUAUUAUUAGCAGGGUUAUCUAGAGGGGUUAAAACUCAAUUUAAGAAACCUUUACCUUUGGUUUUAAUUGGGUUAGGAAGUUUAGGUACUGGUUAUUAUUUGAAGAAGUAUAAUGAAUUUUAUCCAUUCUUUUAG